CCGUGUGUGUCACACAUGUGCCGCGUAUUUCACAUGUGCUCUGUGUGUCACCUACGUGAUUCCCAUGUGCUCGCUGGUGCCUGUGUUCUCUGCGCCUGCAACACGCGUGCCUGCAAUGCACAGGUAUGUGCAAGGCGMUUCACAUGUGCGCGUGCAUGUUUGUGUGCACGUACGUGUGUGCGCGCAGGGCGGACAUGUGCACCUUACCAUGUGUGUGCGCAACCUGCGCGUGGGUGUACGGCCGCUGCUCCCGCGCUGCCGCUGCCGGCGCUGCUGUCGGUGCGGGUGCCAGUGGCGGUGCGGGGGCCGGUGCCGGUGCCGGUGCCGCCAGUGGGUGCCAGCGGGGCCGGCGGCUCCUUUAAGCGCGGCCGGGCCGGUGAAGUGGCGGCUCCGCCCCGGCGGGCGCGCGCGGGCGCGGGCGGCGCGCAGGCGGCAGUGCGGGACGCUGCGGGCACCGGCACCGGGGGCACCGGGGGGGCACAGGGGGCAGCGGCCAUGUGCCCUCUGCUCGCCCGCUGGGCCGCGCUCCCGCUGUUGCCGCUGCUGCUGCUGCUACCGCUGCCGCUGCCCGCACCGGGACCCGCUACCGCCAUCGCCACCGGCAUCGGCUCCGGCACCGGCACCCCCACCGGCAUCAGCACCGGCAUUGGCACCAGCAUCCGCACCCGUCCUCUCAGCGCGCUCUCGGCGCCACUCCAGCUCCGCGGCGGCACCGGGGACAGCGGCGGUGCGCGGCCCCCGCCGAGCACCGGGGACAGCGGCGGCAGCGCCGGGCCCGCACCGGCCGCGGGCGGCAGCGAUGGAACCGCACCGGGCACCAGARCUUCCAGUGCGGAGAACAGCGGCGGCAUUCGGGGGUCUGUAGGUAUCGGUGGCACCGGGGGUACUGGGGACACUGGAGGCACUGGGAAUGCUGGAGGCGUUCCCUGGAAGCCUGGAGGCUCUGCGAAUUCUGAAGGCACUGGGGGCACUGGAAACACCGGGGACGCUGGAGGCACCCGGGAUACUGGAGGCACCGGGGUUACUGGAGGAACUGGAGACACUGGGAGCACCCAUGCCCUCAGGGGCACCAGUAGCGCCAGGAGUACUGGACACACCGGGGACAUCAACAUCCCCAUGGACACUGGGAGCACUGGGAAUGUGCUGAGCACUGAGGGUGUUGGGGGCACUGGGAGUACUCCAGUCCCCAGGGGCUCCAGGAAUUCUAAGCUUACUGGGGAGAGUGGAAGAGCCUCCAGAGGGGCUGGAAACAGUAGAGAAGUCCCCAGGGAUCCCAGGAGCACCAGCUAUACUGAACAUAAUGGGGAGACUAGCAAAGUCCCCAGCGACACCAGGAACACUAUAGACACUGGACAUGCUGGGAAAAGCAGGGACACCAGUGGCACUUGGGGUGUAAUGGACACUGGGGAUGUUGGGGAGUCCAAGAGCACAGUAGCCUCCAGACCCCCCAUACCUCACCGCCACUCCCGCCGCAGCCCCAACACAGCACCACAGUUCCAGCCCUCCAGCUACCAGGCCACAGUGGAGGAGAACCGGCCAGCAGGCACACCGGUGACACAGGUGACAGCACAGGACCCUGAUGAGGGGGAGGCAGGCCAGCUGCACUAUGCCAUGGCUGCACUCUUUGACAGCCGCUCCGAUGCCCUCUUCACCAUGGACCCUGUCACUGGUGCCAUCAGCACUGCUGCACCGCUGGACCGUGAGAGUAAGAGCACCCACAUGUUCCGUGUGACAGCGGUGGACCACGGGACACCCCGGCGCAGUGCCAUGGCCACACUGACGGUCACAGUGAGCGACACCAACGACCACAACCCAGUCUUUGAGCAGCCAGAAUACCRGGAGAGCGUGCGGGAGAAUCUGGAGGUGGGCUAUGAGGUGCUGACGGUGCGGGCCACUGACGGCGACGCUGGUCCCAAUGCCAACAUCCUCUAUCGCCUCCUCAAUGCCGGUGGCAUCAACGAGGUCUUUGAGAUCGAUUCCCGCUCAGGCGUCAUCCGCACCCGCGGCCCUGUGGACCGGGAAGCGAUGGAUGCCUUCGAGCUGUUGGUGGAGGCCACAGACCAGGGCCAGGAUCCUCGGACUGCCACAGCCACUGUCCACAUUACCGUGGAAGAUGACAAUGACAACACACCACAGUUCAGUGAGCGGCGUUAUGUGGUGCAGGUCCCCGAGGAUGUGGUACCCAAUGCAGCUGUGCUGCGGGUGACAGCCACUGACUGUGACAAAGGGACCAAUGCACUGGUGCACUACAGUAUCGUCAGCGGCAACACCCGUGGGCACUUCUACAUUGAUGCGCAAACAGGCAUGCUGGAUGUCGUUACCCCCUUGGACUACGAGGUCACCAAGGAGUUUACCCUGCGGAUCCGGGCRCAGGAUGGUGGCCGUCCACCUCUCUCCAACAUCAGUGGUUUGGUUACCAUCCAGGUGUUGGAUGUCAAUGACAAUGCACCCAUCUUUGUCAGCACGCCCUUCCAGGCCACCGUGUUGGAGAAUGUCCCCGUGGGCUACUCCGUCAUCCAUGUACAAGCCAUUGAUGCUGAUUCGGGUGACAACAGCCGGUUGGUUUACACCCUGCUGGGGACUGGCACCAGCUUCCCGUUUGCCAUCAACAACAGCACUGGAUGGAUCGUGGUGGCCUCUGAGCUGGACCGAGAGGUGGUUGAUUUCUACAGUUUUGGGGUGGAAGCACAGGACCAGGGCACCCCAGCAAUGGCCUCCACGGCGAGUGUCAGUGUCACUGUCUUGGAUGUCAAUGACAACAGCCCUGAGUUCACUCAGCAGGAGUAUGGUGCCCGCCUCAACGAGGACGCGGCAGUGGGCACCAGUGUCCUGACUGUCUCUGCCAUCGACCGUGAUGCCAACAGCGUCAUCACGUACCAGAUCUCCAGCGGCAACACCCGCAACCGGUUCUCCAUCACCAGCCAGAGCGGUGGUGGGCUCAUCUCCCUUGCCCUGCCCCUGGACUACAAGCUGGAGCGGCAGUAUCUGCUCACUAUUGCUGCCUCUGAUGGCACCCGCCAGGACACCACCCAGGUGAUUGUCAAUGUCACAGAUGCCAACACCCACCGCCCCGUCUUCCAGAGCUCCCACUACACUGUCAACAUCAAUGAGGACCGGCCAGUGGGCACAACAGUGGUGGUCAUCAGCGCCACGGACGAGGACACAGGGGAGAACGCCCGCAUCACCUACCUGAUGGAGGACAGCAUCCCCCAGUUCUGCAUUGCCGCCGAGACUGGUGCCGUCACCACCCAAAUGGAGCUGGACUACGAGGACCAGGUGUCCUACACCUUGGCCAUCACAGCACGGGACAAUGGUAUCCCACAGAAAUCUGACACAACUUACCUGGAGAUCCUGGUGAGUGAUGUCAAUGACAACGCACCCCAGUUCCUCCGCCAUUCCUACCAGGGAUCCAUCUAUGAGGAUGUCCCUGCCUUCACCAGCGUCCUCCAGGUCUCCGCCACUGACCGUGACUCUGGGCUCAAUGGCAGGGUCUUCUACACCUUCCAAGGGGGUGAUGAUGGAGAUGGCGACUUCAUCAUUGAGUCCACCUCGGGCAUUGUCCGCACCUUGCGCCGUCUGGACCGGGAGAAUGUGCAGCUGUACUCCCUGCGGGCAUUUGCCAUGGAUAAGGGGGUCCCGGCCCGCCGGACGCCAGUGGAGAUCCAGGUGACGGUGUUGGAUGUGAAUGACAACCCACCCGUGUUCGAGAGGGAUGAGUUUGAUAUCUUUGUGGAGGAGAACAGCCCCAUUGGGCUGGUGGUGGCCCGGAUCACGGCUACUGACCCCGACGAGGGCACCAAUGCCCAGAUUAUGUACCAGAUCGUGGAGGGCAACAUCCCCGAGGUCUUCCAGCUGGAUAUUUUCUCUGGAGAGCUCACCGCCCUGGCUGACCUGGACUAUGAGGCCAAGGCUGAAUACAUCAUGGUGGUCCAGGCAACCUCAGCCCCGCUGGUCAGUCGGGCCACCGUCCAUGUGCGCCUGCGCGAUGCCAAUGACAACAGCCCCCAGCUCAAGAACUUCGAGAUCCUCUUCAACAACUACAUCACCAACCGCUCCGGCAGCUUCCCCGGGGGCAUCAUUGGCCGCAUCCCUGCCCACGACCCUGAUGUCUCUGACCACCUCACCUAUGCGUUUGAGCAGGGCAAUGAGCUCAACCUUGUGCUGCUGGACCCACACAGUGGGGACCUGCGCCUCAGCCCAGCCCUGGACAACAACCGCCCGCUUGAGGCCGUCAUGAGGGUGUCUGUCUCUGAUGGCAUCCACAGUGCAACAGCGCAGUGCACACUGCGGGUGACGGUGAUCACAGAUGAGAUGCUCAGCAACAGCAUCACCCUGCGCUUGGCUGACAUGUCCCAGGAGCGUUUCCUGUCUCCCCUGCUCAGUCGCUUCCUGGAGGGGGUGGCUGCUGUCCUGGCCACCCCCCGCCACCGUGUGGUCCUCUUCAACAUCCAGACGGACACAGACGUGGGCCCGGCACGGAUCCUCAAUGUCAGCCUCUCGGCACUGCUGCCGGCGGCGGCGCCGGGCACAUCGCGGUUCUUCUCGUCCGAAGAGCUGCAGGAGCGGCUGUACCUGAACCGGUCGCUGCUGGCAGCCACCACGGCCCAGCGCGUCCUGCCCUUCGAUGACAACGUGUGUCUGCGAGAGCCCUGCGAGAAUUACAUGCGCUGCGUUUCCGUCCUGCAGUUCGACAGCUCUGCGCCCUUCCUCGCCUCCGACACCAUCCUUUUCCGCCCCAUCCACCCGGUCACGGGCCUGCGCUGCCGCUGCCCGCCCGGUUUCACCGGCGACUACUGCGAGACCGAGAUCGACCUGUGCUACUCCAGCCCCUGCGGCAGCAAUGGGCGGUGCCGGAGCCGUGAGGGUGGAUACACCUGCGAGUGCCACGAGGAUUUCACUGGGGAGCACUGUGAACUGAGUGCCCGGGGGGGCCGCUGCACCCCGGGGGUCUGCCGGAAUGGGGGCACCUGUCUGAACCUGCUGGUGGGGGGAUUCCGGUGCCAGUGUCCCCCUGGGCACUACGAGAAGCCCUUCUGCACCAUGAGCACCCGCAAUUUCCCCCCGCGCUCCUUCCUCACCUUUCGUGGCCUCCGCCAGCGCUUCCACUUCACCCUAGGCCUCACGUUUGCCACACGGGAGAGGGACGGGCUCCUACUGUACAACGGGCGCUUCAACGAGCGACACGACUUUGUGGCACUGGAGAUUGUGGAUGAGCAGCUGCAGCUCACCUUCUCAGCAGGUGAGACCACCACCACGGUGUCACCCUUCGUGCCAGGAGGUGUCAGUGAUGGGCAGUGGCACCGAGUUCAGCUGCACUACUACAACAAGCCGGUGGUGGGGCGCUCAGGGGUCCCACAGGGCCCCUCAGAGCAGAAGGUGGCCGUGUUGACUGUGGACGACUGUGACACAACAAUGGCCCUGCGCUUCGGGCCCCGCCUCGGCAACUACUCCUGUGCUGCCCAGGGCACCCAGACUGGCAGCAAGAAGUCACUGGACCUGACGGGGCCACUGCUGCUGGGGGGCGUCCCGACGCUGCCCGAGAGUUUCCCGAUCCGCAGCCGGCACUUUGUGGGGUGCAUGAGGCACCUCCACAUUGACCAGCGCUCCGUGGACAUGGCAGCCUUCAUUGCCAACAACGGCACCCUGCCUGGUUGUCCCCCCAAGAAGACCCUGUGUGACACCAACACAUGCCAUAAUGGUGGCACCUGCGUGCAUGAGUGGGGGGCGUUCAGCUGCCGCUGCCCCCUGGGCUUUGGGGGCAAAACCUGCCAGGAGGAGAUGGUGGGCCCGCAGCGCUUUGUGGGCAGCAGCUGUGUGGCGUGGAAUGGGUUGGCACUGCCCCUUGCCCUGCCCUGGCCUCUCCGCAUCAUGUUCCGCACCCGCCACCCCCGCGGGGUCCUGCUGCGGGCGGGGACCGGAGGCCACCUCACCCUCACCCUGCAGCUGAGCGAGGGGCAGGUGGAGGCUGGCGCCUGGCAAGGGGGGGCGCGUUUGGCCACGCUGCGCCUGUCCCAGGCCAAAGUCGAUGACGGCGCCUGGCACCAUGUAGAGCUGGAGCUGCGGGGGGGCCCCAGCCACGACCCCUCUGCCACCCUCCUCCUCCUCACCCUUGACUACGGUCGCCACCAGGUGGUGGGCGAUGUCCCCGGAGAGCUGCAGGGAUUGCAGCUGCGCACGCUGAGCCUGGGGGGGCUGCUGGGCAACAGUGGCACCGUGGAGGAGGGGUUCCAGGGGUGCCUGCAGGGACUGCGUGUUGGGGACCCCACAGUGACUGCGGAUGCCCUGAGCCUGGCCCAGGCGGUGCAGGUGAACGUGGAGGGGGGCUGUGCCCUGCCUGAUCCCUGCGACUCGGGGCCCUGCCCUGCCCACAGCUUCUGCAGUGAUGACUGGGACAGUUUCUCGUGCCGCUGCCACCCUGGAUACUUCGGUGACAGCUGUGUCAGUGCCUGUGCCCUGGACCCCUGUGAGCCUCCGGGCACCUGCACUCGCCACCCGGGCACGACUCCCGGCUAUGCCUGUCACUGUCCCCCGGGCACCUUCGGGCCCCUCUGCCAGCACCGGGAGGCACAGCCAUGCCCACGGGGGUGGUGGGGACACCCCACGUGCGGCCCCUGCAGCUGCGAUGUCACCCGUGGCUUCGACCCAGACUGCAACAAGACCACGGGCGAGUGUCGCUGCAAGGACAACCACUACCGCCCGCCAGGAGGGGACACGUGCCACCCCUGUGAGUGUUACCCCACUGGGUCACUGUCACGUCGCUGCAAUGCCACCACCGGACAGUGUCCCUGCAAAGCUGGUGUCAUCGGCCGCCACUGUGACCGCUGUGACAAUCCCUUUGCUGAGGUGACUGCCAGCGGCUGUGAAGUGAACUACGACAGCUGUCCAAGGGCCAUCGAGGCCAGCAUCUGGUGGCCCCGCACCCGGUUUGGGCUGCCAGCCGCAGCCCCCUGCCCCAAGGGCUCUGUUGGCACGGCACUGCGCCACUGUGACGAGCACAAGGGCUGGCUGCCCCCCAACCUCUUCAACUGCAGCACACUGGCCUUUGCCGCCCUGCGCCCCUGGGCAGAGCAGCUGGUGGGCAACGAGUCACGCUGGGAUGCGGGGCAGUCACGGCGCGUGGCGCUGGCGCUGCGUGAGGCGACGCGCGGGGCCCACAGGUACUUUGGCAGUGACGUGCACCUGGCAUACCGGCUGGCAGGGGCCCUGCUGCGCCAUGAGAGCCGGCAACGCGGCUUCCACCUUGCUGCCACCCAGGACGUGCAUUUCACUGAGAAUCUGCUGCGGGUGGGCAGUGCACUGCUGGAUGUGGGAAACAAGCGGCACUGGGAGCUGAUCCAGCAGACCGAGGGUGGCACAGCCCAGCUGCUGCGGCACUUCGAGGAGUACGCGCGAGCCCUGGCAUGGAACAUGCCCCAGACUUACCUCAGCCCCUUCACCAUUGUCACCCCUAACAUUGUGGUGUCAGUGGUACGACUGGACAAGAGCAACUUUGCGGGUGCCCGUCUGCCACGGUAUGAGGCGCUGCGCGGGGAGAAGCCCCUGGACCUGGAGACAACUGUCAUCCUGCCCGACAGCAUCUUUUGGUCCCGUGAGGACAGGCGCCCCUCAGCUGGGCAUGGGCAGGCACCACAGGGCACAGGUGGGCAGGAGGAGGACGACGAAGCAGGUGAAGAGGAGGAGGAAGAAGAGGAGGAGGAGGAAGAGGAGGCAGAGGUGACUGUGGUGACCCGGCACAAGCGCCACCCCUCCCUGGGCGAGGGCCAGGCCAUCGCCAGCGUCAUCAUCUACCGCACCCUAGCCGGUCUCCUGCCCCAGCACUUCGACACUGACAAGCGCAGCCUCCGGGUGCCCAAGCGCCCCGUCAUCAACACACCAGUGGUGAGCAUCAGUGUGCACACGGGGGGUGCGGAUGGCCUUGGGGGCACGGAGACCCCCAGGGCACUGGCCAAGCCUGUCACCCUUCAGUUCCGGCUGCUGGAGACUCAGGAGCGCUCCAAGCCCAUCUGCGUCUUCUGGAACCACUCCCUGCGGGCGGGCGGUGCAGGCGGCUGGUCCGCACGGGGCUGCGAGGUCGCCUUCCGCAACCGGAGCCACGUCAGCUGCCAGUGCCACCACCUGACCAGCUUCGCCGUCCUCAUGGACAUCUCCCGCCGAGAGAACGGGGAGGUGYUGCCGGUGGCAGCACUCACCUACGGCUCACUGGGCGUGGGGCUGGCGGGGCUGGCGCUGGUGGUCCUGGCCCUGGGGACCCUGCAGGGGCUGCACUCCAACCGCCACAGCAUCCGCCGUCAUGGUGCAGCUGCGCUGUUCCUCGCACAGCUCGUCUUCCUGCUUGGCAUCAACCAGGCCGAUGUUCCGCUGGCGUGCACGGUGGUGGCCAUCCUGCUGCAGUUCCUGUACCUGAGUGCAGUGGGCUGGGCACUGCUGGAGGCGCUGCACCUGUACCGGCGCCGCAGCGAACCCCGGCACGUCGACCGUGGGCCCAUGCGCUUCUACCACGUGCUGGGCUGGGGACUGCCUGCCUUCAUCACCGGGCUGGCAGUGGGGCUGGACCCUGAGGGCUAUGGGAACUCCGACUUCUGUUGGCUGGCCCUGCACGACAGCCUGGUGUGGAGCUUGGCUGGGCCCUGUGCUGUCGCUCUUGCUGUCGGCAUCUUCUUCCUGGUGCUGGCAGCCAGGGCCACCUGUACCACCUCCCCGGGCUUACAGAAAAAGGGCUCAGCGUCUGGGGUACGCACAGCUGCAGUCCUGCUGGCCAUGCCCAGCCUGGCCUGGCUUCUGGCCCUGCUCUCAGUCAACAAUGACACACUGCUCUGUCACUACCUGUUUGCCGCCUCCAACUGCCUCCAGGGCCCUCUCAUCUUCCUGUCCUGCGUAGUGCUGAGCAAGGAGGUGCGGAGGAGCCUCCGCCUGAGCUGCACCCACCGCCACCACCCACCACUGGCCACCAAGGCCACCCUGACCCCUGCCUAUGGUGGGGACAGCACAUACGUGGCAGGGCGGCUGUACCCCCCGCCAGGUGGCGGCUCCUCAGGGUCUCUGCACAGUACCAUACGCUCGGGCAAGAGCCACCACAGCUACAUCCCCUUCGUGCGGCGGGAGGACUCAGGGCUGGCAGGCAGCCCAGGGCCAGUGCCGCUGCCUGAGCCUGGGGGGCUCUUCCUUGAUGCCCAGGACCAGCCUGAGGGUAUGGCCCCAUCCAUGGGGCGAGUGUGCCCAGCCUCAGCUCAGGGGACAGGUGUCCUUGGGCACCCCCUGACCUGUGACCCCACAGAACAUGACACAGACACAGACAGUGACCUGUCCCUGGACGACCCGAGCGGCUCCUACGGCUCCACACAUUCCUCUGACAGCGAGGAUGAGGCACCCCGUGGCUGGGACCCUCUGCCUGGGGCCCCCCCAGGUCUCCCUGGCCCUGGUGAGCCCCUGGUGCCCCCAGGGUGCCCAUACUGGCCAGGGGAGUUUGUGACGACCGCAAGUGAGAGCGAGGGACCAGGAGGCAGCGAGGGGCUUCGAGUGCAGCGAGCAGGGGACCAGGGACCCCCCUGGGGUGACUUCCCCCAGCCCAAUGGCGAGGCACUCCCCAGGGACCCCCUGCUGCUGCCCCUGCCCCACCCCCACAAAGGGAUUCUGAAGAAGAAGUGCCUGCCCCCUGUCAGUGAACGUAGCAGUGCCCAGCGCCCUGGGCUGCCUCCACCACCUCCUGCUGGCACAGCUGCCUCCUCAGGCAGUGAUGGGGGGGCCCCCCCAGUCCCCCGGCCUCGGCAGAGCCUCCAGGAGCAGCUCAGCGGCCUCACUCCCAUUGCCAUGAGCAUCCGAACAGGCACUGCUGAUGAGGACUCCUCCGGCUCCGAGAGCGACGAGACCUCAAUCUAAUGGGGAUCCACCCAGCAGGCACCUCCGCAAUGUGCCAGGGACACC